AUGAAACAAGCCAAAUUAUUUGUAAUUUUGGCACUUUGUAUAUCAAGUUUAAUUAUCCUAUAUCAGCAACUUGCUCAACUGCAGCAAACAAAUAUUGUUAUACCUAAUGAAUCCGAAGAAAGUACAGAACCAUUAUUAACAACAACACCAACACCAACGGCAUCUUCAGCAUUGUCUCCAUUGCCUCCUAUACAAGAUAAAUGGAGAGUUUGGCCACCAGAUCUUCGCUACAAUUCCGAGUUAAUAUUAUUCGAUCAACUUUCAGCAUUAGAUUCAACACUUCAUAAUUUAUACGUCACAAAAAAUCCUGAAGAAGCUGAUUUAUUUUAUAUUCCAUUUUUUGGAAGUUGCUAUUUGUUUAACUGUUGGAUAAAUAAUAGUUGGAAUCAAACUAAAAGAUGUCAAGUAGAUACAGUGUAUUUGGAACCACUAAUGAAUUAUAUUAUUCAAAAUUUUGUUUACUGGAAUAAAACUAAUGGAGCGAAUCAUUUUAUGAUACAUCCAAUGGAUAGUUCCGAUGAUUAUUAUAGUAAAAAAGAGAUGUUUCAGAAUUCGAUAUAUUUGACAACAAUCGGUGAUAAACGAAACUUAGGUUACCAAAAUUUUAGAAGAUAUCAUAAUAUUGUUAUACCAAGUGCCACUCCUAUAUUAGAUACUUAUCAUAUAGAUCCUUUAAAAUAUGUUAAUGAAAAUGGUAAUCCGUUCGGUCGGGACAUUAAAGGACUUUUUAGAGGUUGUUGUGCGAAUGUCAAUGCAACUGAUGCUUAUUCUGAUGGUAUUAGGCAUGUAAUAUUUAAUGGAUUAAAGGGAUUACCAGGUUGGAACAUCGGAGAAUCAUCAGAUCCAGAAGUGUACGCUAAAUUACUUGCAAGAUCAAAAUAUGGUUUGACGCCCUCAGGAUGGACGCUAGACACUGCUCGUAUAUGGGAGUAUAUUGCAUUCGGUGUGGUUCCUAUCGUUAUUGCCGAUGGAAUUAUUGAACCUUUUGAGGACGAUACUGAUUGGGAUUCUAUGAUCGUUAGAGUUCGACGUAGUGAUACUCAUAGAAUCAAUGAAAUAUUGGAUUCAAUUUCAGAAGAAUACCAAAAAAAACGUGAAAGGGUUUGGCGUAUAGGGAAAUAUUUAGUAUUUAAAAACGGACAUACUUGGCAUUUUAUUGUUAGAAACUUUUGUAGAAUGUUAAAUAUUAUUAAGCAGGAAGUUAUAGAUAUUGAGGGAUAUACUUAUUAUCCCAUUUAA